CGUUGCCGGAUCAACAUGUACGUCCAAAGUUCCCGAGAAAAGAAACUUUUAAGAGAAUUUCUGAAAAUAUACAUAGAUAAAACUUGUCUAUGGGAUAGACGGGACCUUUCUUACUACAACGACUUGCAUCGGACAAAUGCCUUAAAGGAAUUACAUGAAAAAUAUGUAGAAAUUUUCAAGGACGCUACGAUUGCAGACAUGAAAAAGAGAAUUAACAACAGUCGAACUAUUUGUCAUAAAGAAGUUAAAAAGGUCUUAGCAGCAAAAGCGAGAGGAGAGUCUUAUAAGCCAACACUGUGGUACUAUGAUAUUUUGGCUGCUAUUUAUAAGGAUUACAAACUAGAUAUCGAUCAUCCUACCAGCUCGACCGAAUCAAGCAGUCAUGACGACGACAAACAGAGCGAGGUUUUUUUUGAUAAUGAUGAAUAUAGUGAACCCGAAGAACAUUUGGAUCAUGAAUAUUUUGAACCUGAAUUAAAAAGGCGAAAGUCAUCAAGCUUUCUUCAUUUAGCAGAUAGCAGCAAUAGUAAUGACGACGAGCAGCGCUUCCAUGCUUCAACGUCAGCAAUAUCUACCAGGGCCACAGCGACGAAGAGAGUUCAUCCAGAAAUUAAUGCUUUUGGCAACACAGUAGCGUUUCAGCUCAACGAAGUAGACGAAUAUCAAAGAUUCGUCGCCGAAAAACUUAUAUCAGAUAUUGUUUUUAAGGCUAGAAUAAAAAAGUUAACACCGGAAUCAUUAAUAAAUUUAUAAAUAACCUCUGUUGGCGCUAAGCCUUUCGAGUUAUUAAGAACGGUUGAGUGCUUACUUACGCAUUAAAAAUAAUAGUCAUUGUUAAAAAUGUAAAACCACUUUAAUAGGCUUUAUAAACUUAUAAUUAAUGCAGCCAUGAUGUUGAUGAUUCCAAUUAUAGAGUAUAUACCUACUUUAAGAUUAAUGCUAGUAUAAAUUCAAUAAACUUUCACAUGGAAUAUG